AUGCCAACCCCCAUCGCCAUCAUCGGCGCGGGCCCCGCCGGCCUCACCCUCGCCACGCUCCUCACGCGUCACUCCAUCCCCUACACCCUCUUCGAGCGCUCCACGGCCCCGCCCUCCCCGUCCCCCUCCUUCUCCCCAUCCCCCUCCUCCUCCCCAUCCCACACCGCCGGCGGCAGCCUAGACAUCCGCCCCGGGACAGGCCAGCUCGCGCUCCGAGAGGCCGGGCUGUUCGAUGAGUUCCGGCGCAUGGCGCGCUACGAGGAUACAGUGGUGUCGGUGUUUGAUCGGGCGGGGAGGCGGGUGUUUCGGAUGGGGCAGGGCAGGGAUGCGCCGGAGAUUGAUCGGGGGGAGUUGGCGCGGGUGUUGUUGGGAGGGGUGCCGGGGGAGAAUGUUAGGUGGGGUUGUGGGUUGGAGAGGGCGGAGAGGGGGGGGGAUGGGAGGGUUGUAUUGCGGUUUGGGAAUGGGGAGGUGGUGUCCGGGUGGCGGUUGGUUGUUGGUGCAGAUGGGGCGUGGAGCCAGCUUGGAUGGAGGGCUGACGCAGUUAGGUCACGGACGCUACGCCAACGUACUCGAAACGGAGCUACCUUGAGGGAAGGAUCAACCGCGACAAUCCGCUCUGGGGCUAGUCUUGCUCAGAGGGCUGGGGCCGGGAUGUCGAUGACAGUCGGGGACAAGAAGCUCAUCUUGACGCAGCGGCAGGGCGAUGGCUCUUACAGAACCUACUUUGGGCUCGAGGUGCCUGAGGACUUCUUCCGUGGGGAGGGGGUAAACCUCGAUGAUCUGGAUUCGACGAGACAGCUCCUAGCGGGACUCUUCAUAGGCUGGGCGGACGAAUACCAGCACAUGAUACGCCACUCGACCGACUUCCGUGUCUGGCGGCUUUGCAGCUUUGCUGUAGAGGACAUCAAGUGGAAGUCGGUCCCAGACGCAACGCUCAUUGGAGACGCCGCCCACCUCUCUGUUCCGAACGGGGAGGGAGUGAAUCUUGCCAUGGCGGACGCACUGGACCUGGCGAAGAAGAUUGCGGAACACGGGCUCGACGGCCUGGACAAGGCCGUGGAGGAGUAUGAGGCUGGCAUGUUUCCUCGUGGGGCCAAGUCCGUCAGCGAGGGUCUCGGGAUGACCAAGUAUAUGUUCGCCGAGGGUCCGGGCCCUUUCGUGGACCUGAUGAAGAGUUAUGGUGCCGUGGAUGAGUAG